AUGCUUAAUUCCAAGCCUGUUUUCAGUGAACGGCUGGAGGGUAUCAUUGAGGAAGGAGCUGAUCUAUCGCAGAUUGACGAAGGCAUACUAUCAAGAAGGCGUACCUCGUCGAUAAGACAUCACGUUGUUCCUGGAGCAGAAGCGUUCGUCAGAGCAUCAAGCAUCGACCAAAAAUCAUUACGAAGUAGCCAUCGUUUAUCGGUAACGGGUACAGAGCCGCUGACGACCGGGUUGGACGGAUUUAUUGCAGCAGCGGAAGCAGAACUGGCCAGCGAGGAUAAAGUUUCGGCUGGGCUGAUAACUGUUUAUAGGAAUAUACAAGGCAACUACACUGCUGCGGUGAGAAUUUAUUGCCAGCGGUCACUCUUUGACUAA